AAAUUAAUUAAAAUUUGCUCAAGGGUUGAAAAGAGGAAGAACAGCGUAUCACCUCCGCCACCCUCUCUCUCUCACUCUCUCUCUCUCUUCAACAAAAACAAGCUCCGCCUCCACAACAAUCUCAAGCCCAAGCUAAACUCAGCUCCUACAUAGCUUAUUUAUUAGCAUUGUAUUGCAACAGUGAGAUUAAUUACUUCUCACUCCUAAUGUUUUUAUUUUCUUGCAAAAUAUUAAAUUGUUUAUAUUAAUCUCUCCUUCUCUCACCUACCCUGCAGUUUUCCGCUUGAAGCAUUAUUCCCUUUUCACCUUUCUCAUAUUCCAAAGCUGAAUUGUAUUGAGUUUUAGAGAGAGAGGGAAGGUGCUAUUGAAUUGAGUUUUAGAGAGAGAGGGGGGAGGUGCAGUAGUGGAAGUUCUUGUUCUUUGAGAUUUGUUUGUGGUGAAUAUGAGUGUAAAAAUGCAAUCUUUGGAGUUCAAUAAAAAAGGGCUUUCCUCAUCGAAUUCCAAUUUAGGGCUUCAAUGGAAUCUCCAAGAUUGCAAUUUUUACCCAGGUGGUGGGCUGUUUGCCUCUGUUUCUCAAAUGGGAAACAAUGAAAAUGGUGGUUUCAAAUUGCCCUAUGCUGAUUUGCUGGUGAAGUAUGUCUCAUUGCCUGAGGGGUUCAAGACUCUAGGUUUGUCUGAGGAGGAGAGUGAGUUGGUGGAUAGUAAGAAGAAGAAUAAGGGGCUUAAGCUCAAGAUUAAGGUCUCUAAUCCCUCUUUGAGGAGGUUAAUCAGCGGGGGGAUCGCGGGGGCCGUUUCUAGGACUGCAGUGGCACCGUUGGAGACGAUUAGGACUCAUUUGAUGGUUGGGAGCAGUGGGAAUUCGAGCACUGAGGUGUUCCAAAAUAUUAUGCAGAGUGAGGGGUGGAAGGGGUUGUUUAGGGGCAAUUUUGUCAAUGUCAUUCGCGUUGCGCCUAGCAAAGCCAUAGAGUUAUUCGUUUACGAUACUGUCAACAGGAAUCUCUCAUCGAAACCCGGUGAGCAACAAAGAUUACUCGUCCCUCCUUCGUUGGUUGCGGGGGCCUGUGCCGGUGUCAGCUCGACUUUGAUCACAUAUCCCCUCGAGCUAGUGAAGACUCGACUCACCAUACAGAGAGGAGUUUACAACGGCUUGUUCGACGCUUUUGUUAAAAUAUUUGAAGAGGGCGGCCUGCCGGAGCUCUACAGAGGCCUCACUCCCAGUCUCAUCGGAGUGAUCCCGUACGCUGCGGCCAACUAUUGCGCGUACGACACUCUGCGUAAGGCAUACCGGAAAAUCUUCAAGCAGGAAAAGAUCGGGAACAUCGAGACUCUCCUCAUCGGCUCUGCGGCUGGCGCCAUCUCCAGCACUGCCACGUUCCCUCUCGAGGUGGCUCGCAAGCAUAUGCAGGUCGGGGCCGUGAGCGGGAGGCACGUGUACAAGAACAUGCUCCACGCUCUCGCGAGCAUACUCCAACGUGAGGGGCUCGACGGCCUGUAUAGAGGGCUCGGGCCGAGCUGCCUGAAGCUCGUGCCGGCUGCCGGCAUCUCUUUUAUGUGCUACGAGGCGUGCAAGAGGAUUUUGGUAGAGAAAGAAGCAGAUGAAGAAUAGAGAGAGGUUGAGUGAAGAAUAAGAAAAACGGCACAACCACAAAUAGAAUACAAACAUCUCCUUUUUUUUCUCCCAUUUGAAAGUUUUUUGGGUUGAAUUUUCUCUCUUGAAUUUUUUAGAAAGGUUUAUCUAAUUAUGUUUGGAAUC